UGAUCAUAUAAAAAGCAACAACACACACCAGGUUUCUCAUAUUCUGGAUUCAUCAUCUGAAUAUGGGUCUAGCAGCAGAAAUAAAAGGUGACAUGAAGCUGGGUUUGCUGGCGCUGCUGGUUCUGGCAGCACUGCUGCCCCACCUUUCUGACAGUCGCAUUGUCCCCAAAUGCGAGCUGAAGGAGACACUUGCAGCGGCAAUCAACAAAACCAGAGGACCAGAAGGAGUUACCGAAGAAAUCCUGGCAGAAAUUAUCUGUGAGGUCAACAGGAGCUCUAAUUUGAACACCAGCCUGGUAAAGACAAAGGGCUUUGGCAGCAGACACAAGAGAGAAGCCUCUUCAAGAGGAAGGCACCACUCAGAGGAGACAGAUAGUUAUGAGGAAAACAUGAUUCAGGAAAGAAAGAUGGAGAAACACCGUGAGCACGAGAGCGAUGAAGAUAGCUUUGAGAUCAGUGAGGAAGUUGAAGAGGUCUCAAACUCAACUUCAGUAUUGGGCAACCGAAGAAAGCGGGGAGCUCAUGAAAGGAGAAAGAACCACUCAAGGGUAAAGGGCAAAGGAAAUUCUCCUGAGAGAAAGAGGGGACAUGACAGCAAUGAAAGUGAAGACAUGAGCAAUGAAGACAGCCAUGAGACAACUGAAGAAGUGCCCUCAAAUUCAACUGCAGCUCCUGGAAACUACAGAGGAAAACGUGGAGCCCGCGGCAAUAGUAGAGACCAUUCCGGGGAAAAAAGGGGAAAGGGCAAAGGAAAGUCUUAUAAGAAAGAGAAAAAGCAUGAUAGCAGUGAAAGUGGAGACAUGAGCAAUGAAGACAGCCAUGAGACAACUGAAGAAGUGCCCUCAAAUUCAACUGCAGCUCCUGGAAACUACAGAGGAAAACGUGGAGCCCGCGGCAAUAGUAGAGACCAUUCCGGGGAACAAAGGGGAAAGGGCAAAGGAAAGUCUCAUGAAAGAAAGAGGGGACAUGAUAGCAGUGAAAGUGAGGACAUGAGCAAUGAAGACAGCCAUGAGACAACUGAAGAAGUGCCCUCAAAUUCAACUGCAGCUCCUGGAAACUACAGAGGAAAACGUGGAGCCCGCGGCAAUAGUAGAGACCAUUCCGGGGAAAAAAGGGGAAAGGGCAAAGGAAAGUCUUAUAAGAAAGAGAAAAAGCAUGAUAGCAGUGAAAGUGGAGACAUGAGCAAUGAAGACAGUCAUGAGACAACUGAAGAAGUGCCCUCAAAUUCAACUGCAGCUCCUGGAAACUACAGAGGAAAACGUGGAGCCCGCGGCAAUAGUAGAGACCAUUCCGGGGAACAAAGGGGAAAGGGCAAAGGAAAGUCUCAUGAAAGAAAGAGGGGACAUGAUAGCAGUGAAAGUGAGGACAUGAGCAAUGAAGACAGCCAUGAGACAACUGAAGAAGUGCCCUCAAAUUCAACUGCAGCUCCUGGAAACUACAGAGGAAAACGUGGAGCCCGCGGCAAUAGUAGAGACCAUUCCGGGGAAAAAAGGGGAAAGGGCAAAGGAAAGUCUUAUAAGAAAGAGAAAAAGCAUGAUAGCAGUGAAAGUGGAGACAUGAGCAAUGAAGACAGCCAUGAGACAACUGAAGAAGUGCCCUCAAAUUCAACUGCAGCUCCUGGAAACUACAGAGGAAAACGUGGAGCCCGCGGCAAUAGUAGAGACCAUUCCGGGGAAAAAAGGGGAAAGGGCAAAGGAAAGUCUCAUGAGAGAAAGAAGGGACAUGACAGCAGUGAAAGUGGAGACAUGAGCUAUGAGAGAACUGCAGCCUCUGCCUCUUACGGUAUCUUCCAGCUGAGUGACAGCUAUUUGUGUGAUUCCGGUAACAAUUUGUCCAGAAAUCUCUGCCAGAAAUCCUGCACAGACUUCACCGAUGAUGACAUAACAGAUGACAUUGAGUGUUUCUUGAAGGCAUUCUUUGAUGGGUAUCUUCAGAGGUCUCGCUCUCACCACUGUGACGAUGAAGCAGGAACACUCCUUCAAGAUUGCUCCUAAGUGUCUAUGAGAGCACAUUUUCUUUCACCAGGUGUACUUCCACUGCGGGUUGGAAGAAUUGCUCUUUUUUUUGUUGACUAUCACAGCAAUACCGUUUCAUCAAUCAUUUUCUUAAAGAUAAUAAAAAGGUUUUUGAAUUUAGGGCUUACUGUAGAAGUUUUUAAACCUAGUGAUUUAAACAACUUCGGAUUUAUAGCAGUCUCUUUGUAAUAAAGGUGAAAAUGUGUAACUAUCUAUCUGACUAUCUACAAUCUACUAGAAAGACUACUAUCUACUAUCUAUCAUUUUGGUGACUGAUGACGUUUUAGAUACACCAAUAGGACCUGGUGUUCUUUAUCCAAAGUGUAACAUUUUAGGUCUAUAAUAAAAAUUCUCCAAAAUUGUU